CGUCUAAAGUAUCACUCAUUUCUGAAGUGCAAAGGGGAGCUGUUACAGAGGCGUCCCUCUCGUAUUACUACUAUUACUGUCAUUACAUCGGUAUCAUACGGAAACUUACAACGCGAUGGUCGAAUGUUAUUUUGUAGUGCUGCUUCUAAUAUCUUUCUUCGAGCCUAGAACACAAGAUUAAAUUAGUCUUCAGAUUUGAUUGUAAGGGCCAAAAUAUUUGAGUAUGAUACCAUCAUCAUUAUUGAGAAGUUCUUUUAGCAUUCUGAGGAGACAUGUUAAUUUGUGUAAAAGAUCUCGCUCCCUCUUUUUGACCAUAAGGCCAACAAAUGUCUACAUUACCACCAACUACAGUUCUGACAAUCCUAGUUUGACAGCUCUUCAACAAGCUUCCAUAGCAGCAGACAAAGUGACAACAAAGGAAAUUGAAGAUGAUGAUAUAUUACUGGAAUUAGAGGAAAAAUUUUCUCCUGAACAAAAGGAGUACAUGUUGCCAAGUCAGCGUAGAAAAACACAUGAAGACAUCUUAAUAAAAAGGAUAGAGGACUGUGAAACAACACAUGAUGUCCUAGGAUUAUAUAAAAAGCAUUGUGAUAUCAUGACUCAUCGCCAUUUAUUGAGGAGUCUCAGAGUUCUUAAUCUCUUAGCUAGCAGAGGGGAUGUUGAUUUUGAGGAACUUCAUAAUAAUGAGGACUUUCGGGAAAUUUGUCAGAGAAUUCUUAAAUUGAGUCGGCGGAUGGAAGCAGAUGAGUUGCUCUUACUUUUACAGUAUUUAUGUCGUUUAAAAGUGAAUGUACGUUCAAAACUUGUCGGGACUGUUUUGCAGCUUCUGAAACACAGUAUCAAUGAUCUGGAAUUAAAAGGGCUUAUUCAUUUGGAAUUUCUUCUUAGGAAAUUGCCCUCAACAUCUGUUUCACAAGCAUUGCAGAUUGCAAUUCCUCUGCUGAUAGAAAAUGCACUGCUUAAAGAACAGAUAGAAAAUCUGUCUUUAAAGCAGCUAUCUGAGGUGCUGGUUAUUGGUGCACGUGGGAGGAUUCGUAAUUUAAAUGUAAUUUUACGGGAAAUAUAUGACCGAGGUUGUAUUUACACUGGGAAAAUAGCCCAUUCCUUUUUAUGGACAUUGUUGGAUAUGUAUGCACGAGAGAACGUCGUUCGUUUAAAGAAAGAAGAUACUUUGAUCAGUGAGAUAUUAUUAAAGGAGUGUCUCAAAGUGUUUUCAAAAAAUAUAGAUACAUUUACUAUUGGUCAGAUUGAAACAACUCUUGGGAAGAUUAGUCAAGCAUGUGACAGAUCUGGCUCAGCAUGUUAUAGUGAGCAGUUUUUUGAUGCCACAGUAGUACACUGUAUCCAGAAAGAUGUUGGCUUUGUAAGAGCUUCCCACAUUUUAAGAAAGUUGCUUAGAGUGAAUUUCCUCUCAGAAGAUUUAACAAACUACAUAGUGGAAUUACUUCUACAGGAGCGUGAAAAAGUAUUAAGUGCUCCUGUUAUUGUUCCGCCCUUAAUUACUGCAAUAGCUGCGUGUCCAUCAUCCAAUGCCAGUCAUAUAGAAGUGGUGGAACUCCUUUUAAAUCACAGGUCUUUGACAUUAGAUUUGGAAUACUGCUUAAGAUCACCAAUCUUAAGUUUAGUUCUAGACUUACUAAGCCUUGGCUACUAUCAUCACCCAUUGAUAGAAAUAGUUACUUCCGCAGAAUUUCUCAGCCAAUAUGUGGUCAACUUCCCUAAAAGUCAUCUUACAAGCAGACAGCUACUUCAGUUAAAUCAGGUUUUAUCACUGGAUGGAGAAGUAUCACUUCGUGUCCCCGAUGAAUUUUUGAAGGAUGCCAACAACACAUUGGAAGAUAAUUCUGAAGAAUCUGAUCUUAAGAGUAGACUACACCUGAUUUUGAAAGACCCUGAGUGUGUUGCAUCAGGGGUGCUUACAGAUGAUGAUCUCUACAUAGACCAUCUUAUUGCCAUGGAUGAGGAAGGUAAACCUCUGAAGAUUUGCAAAAACAUGUCUACAGAAGGAUUUACAAGAUUGUCGGACUUAGAUAUAUCUGAAAGCUAUAAAAGGAUUGCUAUUUUAGACGUGAAGCCGUACGAAACAUACUCUCCAAAAAAUGUAUUGAAAAGAUACGUUCAAGUUCAUCAAAAGCUCUUGACAGCUUCUGGAUUUGUUGCAGUUCCUGUUAUACAGUCAUUGGUUCAGACUCGAGGUGACGAAAGAAACUGUAUAUAG